AUGCUAAACUACCCAUUACCGCCGACUCCUGGACCGAACCAAAGCCAAAAUGUUAGCCCCUUGGAUGUUCGUAAAUGGGGAGUGACAUUUGAUGGCCGGUCCGAUCCCGCAACCUUUCUGGAGAAGUUAGAAGAGAUUUGCGCGGCGCAGAGCAUACAACCAAACCGGUUGUUGCCACAACUUCCUGAAGUUUUACAAGGAGAAGCGGCGCUCUGGUACCGAAAUAACCGAGGUAACUACCGGAGCUGGGAAGACUUCACCAGGGAAUUUAAAAUUUUCUAUUAUCCUGUAAAUUAUGAAGUGGACUUGGAGGCAAAGAUCAGUCGUCGAGUACAGAAACCGAAUGAGUUCGUCACCGCCUAUAUUACUGACCUGCAAACACUGAUUUGCCGACAUGGCAAUAUUUCCACGAGUCAAGAACUACAGUGGCUAUAUCGGAAUUUAUUGCCCGAGUAUCGCCAGUAUGCCAGGAGAGGGGAUUUCCACGAUAUUUCGUCCUUCUCUCAAAUUACUAUUCACCAACCGAGAUCGUCGAAGAAUUACCAGAAAUCUUACGUCAAGAAGUCCGUCCUGUUGUGA